GUGCAUUCUACUUUUAACAGUCGGACAGGAGACGGAGAUGUAGUUCUAGAAGUUCUACGGCCUUUGUGGGUGGCAACGUGCCACAGAUUGACUAGUUUUACUACUCUUUUAUUUUCAGCUGGAAGUUGACUUGGAUAUAUGAUAGUUGUUGAGUUGUCUGCAUGUUUAAUUCGUUGAUCUAGUUCUUGCAAUUUUAGAUCAUUAUUCCAUUGAACUGGCCUUCCAGCAGAUGUCUCGGAAAAUUUUGAAAUAUUUCUCAUCUCUUGUAGUCCCUUUUUACUCUGAAGAAAUGUUUGUUGGUUUGUGGAUGGAAUUGCAGCGACUCGAGUGGCGGCAGUCCUUAUCCACAGAAUUGGCGUCUUCAAUUGUUGCUGACAGCGGUCUCUGCCAUGGCUGAUUCGAGUCUCCUCGUAUUGCCGUGUCUGGGAAACAAAGUUGUAUCUCGUUUUGAUCGGAUCAAUAUGGAAUAAGCUGCUGUUGGUUUCAAAGUUGCAUAGGAUUCUCUGGACCUUACAGCGACGAGAUUUCUCGGUGUUAUGAUACACAGCUUCAGGGUUGAUCUAUCUUCGAAGAGCAAAAUCUGUCUUCCUUCUUUCUCCUGAGAUAUCAGUUUUUGAAUUUUGGCUUGAGUUCCCUUCAUUGCAUUUUGACAGUUUGAUAAAGAAUGAUGAAGCUGACAUCUAGAAAGGAUUAUUGGAAGUCCAUGGUACAACUUCGGUCGGGCAGGAAAUCCCCCAUUCCUUUCUGUGUCUUCCCAAAACUUGAGUCGACAAGCACCUCAUCAGGAAGUGCUCCGGUUUAUCUGAAUGUGUAUGACUUGACACCGAUCAAUGGCUACAUGUACUGGUUAGGUCUUGGGAUAUAUCACACUGGAGUUGAAGUACAUGGAAUUGAAUAUGCAUAUGGAGCACAUGAUUAUUCGACAAGUGGUGUUUUUGAAGUUGAGCCCCAUCAGUGCCCAGGUUUUAGGUUUAGGAAAUCCAUAUUCAUGGGCACAACUCAGUUAAAUCCACGACAAAUUAGAGAGUUUGUGGAGCUAGAAUCUCAAAAUUAUAAUGGUGAUGCUUACCAUCUAAUUGUGAAGAACUGCAACCACUUCUGCAAGGACAUCAUCUUUAAGUUGACUGGUAAUUCAAUUCCAAAGUGGGUAAACCGGCUUGCUAAUAUCGGUUCCUGCUGCAAUUGCAUCCUUCCAGAGUCUCUUAAGGUGACAGCCAUUCAUCAGGACCCUGAUUCACAGACCAAUGAUGCCGAGAGGAGGCUUAGAACUACUUUCAGUUGCUUAUCCUCAAUAUCCUCACGUCCACAGCAUUGGUUUACAUCUUCAAUUUUUUUGCCUUCUUCACUAGCUGGGAGUUUCUCCACAUGGGAGUUUCAAUGGCCCACUGCCAAAGCUUUGAAGGAUCACAACAAUCAAGCUUGUGAUCGUAUAGAUAAAAAAUCAGUAAUUCCUAUUUCGGAAUCUCUUUCUGCAGAAAGUAUCCAUCAAGAUGAGCUUAGUAAGAAAAAUGGCUAACAGAAGUUUAAUCCUAUCUUUCCACUCAGCGCAGAUACGAAUUCCAUGACUAUGAAGCUCAUGGUGAAACUUCUUUCAACACCAAAAUGUAGUGUUGUGUAUUGUAUUAUUCACCUUUGAGCAAUGAGCCCUGUAUAUACACGUUCUUCUGAGUUAAAAUGAAAAUGGGUAUGCGAAAAUAUACAAAAUUUAUGAUGUAUUGACAUGAGAAUCUCAUAACAUGGAAAUUACAUAGUUAUCAGAUA